ACACUGUAAACUAAAGGCAAAUAAAAUAGCUCUUUUAAUGUCCAAUUACAACUAGGUGUACGCCACAUAAAUUAUGCAUUUGAGAUUUUAAAACUAUAAUCAAGGUAGGCCCAUAAUAUUAAUGUUUACAUAAUGUAAAUAAAAAACUUUCUUGGAUGACGUAGCUGAUUAAAAGAGCUGAGACAGUUUGACACAGCAGUCUGAGUCAGUGCUUCAGUUUGACUCCGUCUAACUAAAGUAGUACAAUUUUAAAAAAGAGAAAAACCUUGAAUGAAAUGAAAGGAUAUAUUGAAUUAACACAAUGAGUAUAAAAUAAGUAACUAAUUUACUAAAGACUGAAUCCUUCAACGAAAAAAAGAAAAGCAAAAAUUCAUCUUGAUCUUCUAAUUACUAAUACUAAUACUAAAACUAAUUAAUAUUAUUAUUUUUGGCAUAUAAUUUCAAAAAGUGUAAAGGGCCCUAAACUUAAAGCCUUAGUCAACUCAGGACCAGUGGCAUAGGAAGGGGGUGUGGAGAGGUAGGUCCACUUAGGGCAGCCCUUUAUUUCUUUAAAUUUAAAGGCCGGCACUACGUACACCGCGGCGGUGUACCUAGCGAAACUAUUGACUUUGGCCUGCGUACACCGCAGCGAUUUAAAGUAGCAAAACUAUGGUCUUUGCGAGUCUUUAACUUUUUGGCCUAACCGGUACUUGUAGAUUUAAUGUUAUACUCGUGUUAAAACUGAAAACUAUUUAUUUAAAAUUCGUUUAUUACCUUGGGAAGACAUUGAGUAAGUUCCACGCUUCCAGUUGUUUGUUGUUGGUUUUUUUUUGGGGGGGGCAUUAUAAAUAUAACAUUGUAUGUGAUCCCUCGGGGCAUGGUGUAAAAAUGAAUGGGAAGACAGUGAAUCUAUUUUGUUAGCACCAAGAUAUAAUUACGCCACAUAUACACUACGGGAAGAGAAUCACAUACUCAUAUAUUGAUCAUGAAGUCGUGAAGUUCAAGUAGUCCAAGGCAUUGUCUUUAUGAUAGCAAGCAUGUGUCAACACAAAACAACAGUAUGAUGAUAAAUACGAAACACUGCAGUGAUUUUUGAAAGUCUUUUAACAAUAAUUAAAUAUCAUUGAUUUAGUUUUACAUUGGCAUUACACUAAAUGCUGGCGGAGGGGGGGGGGUGCAAAAGGUAAGUUUGUUGUGCGGACGUCCUUUGUGGACAACUCCUAUCCUGAGCCGUGAUUUGUGAAUGCCCCCUUUUUGUUUAAGCCUCUGCCCAUAACUCACCACCACCCCCCACUCCCCGGCAAGGAUCGAUUUCUUAACAAAAAAAAAACAACAACAAAUUAAAUACAAAAACUUUGACAUAGUGCAAAUCCUGUCCCAAGCCCAUUGUGCAAUGGUUUCUGUGAGAAAAAGUCGUGUUUUACCCUGAGAAUAGCACAUGCCAUGCCAUUCUGGAAACGAAUUCCGUCAUGGAAAGGGUAAACGCAGACCUAUGACUUUGCUAUUCUAUACAGUUUGCUACCGCUUCGCAAGUUUCUAAAAUCGAGGUGUUUUCAAAAGAUUUGCUGUGAGACUGAGUGUUGUGAAUGAACCUUUGAUAUCGUAUGUACAUUUUGCCAAUGCAUAAGGCAUAGUGAAAGCAAGAUGGUUCAAGGUUGAAAUACGACCAUGCACAUUAAUAUUCAUAUGGUAUGAAUAUUAUUCAUACUGGUAUUUUCUUUGGGUGUUCGUAAAAGUAAAAUGUAAAUAUUCAACUACACGAAGAAUGUUGAAAUACAAUAGAAUAUCAGUCACUUAGUAUUCAUAAUGUUUCUGUUAUACAUGUUACAUUGACAUACACUAACUAUACAUGAUCACCAUGUAUUACAUGCGCUUUCAGAAACUUUAAGUUUGUUUUCAAAUGUCUAAAGUCUUAUUACUAAAGUUACCGGUAUUUUCAAAGUCAAAGGCCGGCACAACUUGUUGAAACACUUAUAUAUAUAAAUAAAUAUAUAAAGUGUAUUUAAUAUAAUAUUUAAACAUAUAUUUAAAUUGUUUAAAUUGCUACAAAUAUUUUAAAACUAAAAUGGGAGGAAAAAACUCGAUCCCCUACUGAGAAUUGAUCUCAAACUAUAUUAUCGCCAAGCGUCCACUCUACCACUUGACCACACAUGACCUUCUCUAACAAGUAUAUCUUAAAACCAGGCUAAUGGUAAAUUUUUGCCGCGGUGUACCCAGGCCAAAGCCCACAAUUUCACUAGGUACACCGCCGCGGUUUACGCAGGCCAAAGCCGAUGGUUUCGCUAGGUACACCGCCGCGGUGUACGCAUCCACUUCGAAAUUUAAAUGGAGAGGCAGCAUUUUCUAUCAGCUGCAGAGUUUUUUUUUGUGAACAGAGAAAGGGCUUCAAAUGUGGGGGGUGGCAAAAUUCUUGGCCCACCCCGGUUGGAACUAACCCUAGCUAUGCCACUGACUCAACCCAGCCUUUAUUUUCAGUGUUAACUAUAGAAUUUUUUUUUUAAAUACCCAUAAUCUUCAUCAAAAUAAAUAAAGACAGCUAUUUUGAGGAUAAACUACUGGAAAUGGGAACACAUUUAACUUUAACUAUAGGGCCUAUUAUGCUUAUCUUAAAAAAGUGAUUAAUAUAUAGAAUUAAUAUAACUGAUUAACACUCAUUAUAUGAAUCCCAUUGAAGGCCCAGGAAGUGCCUGGUUUAAUCUGUUAAUUGGUAUCAUUUUGUGUACUUAACUUAAGUGUACCGGGUACUUGUUUAAAAUCAUUGUACUUUUGGUAUUAACAGUUUCUUUGGUAUUUAAGCUUGUCCAAUUUUUUUUUAUCAUUAACAAUUACUUUAAGAAUUUUGCAAUUCCACAAUGAUUAAAGGUCAUUACCAGGUAGUUUUUUUUUAAAUUCAUACUCAGAACUUUCUGUCUAUUCACCCCUUUGACUGCUCAUUCCUCCGCAGACAUGUGUAUUCUUUCUGUUCCCAAGACACACACUAAAACAUACAGUGAACUAUCUUUCUCUUUCUGCGCCCCCAAAUAAUUGAAUUCUCUCCCAUUACACAUCCGCAAUAUACCUACCUAGUACCAUCCAAGCCUUCAAAACUGCACUCAUGACACAUCUCUUCAAACUCUACUCUUCCGACUCAUUCUCACACCCCUCUGUCUCUGAGCAAUAAACAAUGCUCGAUGCAGCUACAUGCUGACCAUGCAUAGACAGGGGUCAAUAUUACUUGGGAGGGCGAGGUCAAUAUUUGUACACAGCUGUUUUUAAAUGAAUAAUUUUAUGUAACUGCUUAUAAAUGGCUUUUUUUUUCUUUUUUUUUUGUUUGCUAAUUUUUAUGUGAAGUGCAGUGAGCUUAGCCCUAAGACCACUUUAAUAAUAAUAAUGUUUAGCCUGAAUGCUUUUUUUUCCAGUAUGUUGAAAUCCUUGUAAAAGAAAUAAAAGAAUAUUCAGGAAUAUCAUAACAAAAUUAACAGGAUGGGUAUCCUGGAAGAUAUUCAAGCCAUUCUUCAUGGCGACCAAGUAACUCUGAACAAAGACGUUGACAUUUAUGCUGAUACAGAAAGUAAAUAUAGCUUCUAUUGUUAUGUAACUUUUGCCGCUAAAUAGUAAUAAUUUAAAGUUCUUAUGUAGAAAGUAGAAUGAAUAUCAUUUGUUUCACUUACUGGAAAUUAACUAUAAACAAACAGCAUGAUCUAUUUUCUAAUAUUAAUAUACCAAUAGAAUUUUUUAAUUCUUAAUCCAUUAUGGAUUGAUAUGUUACGUUCUAAAUAUUUGUUAUCAGUUAUUUCAUUAUUAUGUUAAAAACACCUGGAUGUGACACCUGUAAAUGACUUAUAUAUUUCUAUCUUCUCAGACAAUUUUAUCCCAAAAACUAAGGUUAAUAUGUGCUAUAUUUGUAUGGUUGUGCUGUUUGAUGACAAAAAAAAUGUACUGCUGAUACAAGAAGCCAAGAAAUCAUGUAGAGGAACUUGGUAUCUACCAGCUGGACGGUUAGAACCAGGGGAAACAAUUAUGGUAAGUUAAAUCACUAAAAAGGAAAUUUAAAUUCAGAAUACAAUGAUGUGAAUGACUUGAAAAAGUAGACAAGAAAAUAGUUUUAGAAUUUUCACAGUGGGCAUGUAGAUUUGUGGUAAUCACAGUAGUUUGAUAGACUUGUGACGGCACAGUAAUGUGCCAAUUUAUUUUGUAUAAGAACUCUUUUAUAAUGUAUCAUAAUCAUAUCCAUUUGUCAUAUCAACAACUAAACAAAUUAUUUAUAAAAAUUUGAUUUAUAUUGAGAAUACAUUACAUAUGUGACAAAAGUAUUUUAUUACAUUUUUUUGUUAAUUUAAAAUACUAUAAUAUAUAAAACUUUAAUCUCUAUGUAUUUAAAUAUUAUGCAAACAUUUUUUAUUGUGCAUUGCAGGAUGGUGCCAAACGGGAGGUGAAAGAAGAAUCUGGCUUUGAUUGUGACUUGACAACGCUAAUCUCAGUAGAGGUCUCAAGCCAUACCUGGAUGAGGUUUACUUUUACAGGGAAAAUUACAGGUAGCCCUCAAUAAAAGAAAGAAUGAAGUAGAGGUUAAUGAAAACUAAAUUUUAAUUUAGUAAACACUGUUGGGCUUCGCUGAACUAAAUUUUUACAUAAGUACUGGUGUAGAAAUUUUUCAGAGACACUUUGGUAUUUCGUCAACACAGUGGUGUAGUGGUAAUGUUGUCUACUUCUGAAACAAUAGGUACCGUAGCAAAUGUAAAUUGUGUAAGGUCAAUCCAAAGUAUAGGUAAGGCUGCUAUUCUUGAGGUGGAGGAUUAACGUUUUGAAAAAAAAUAUCCAACCUCAAGUCAGAAGACAGCAGCCAAUUUGUCAUGGGAUUAAAAAAUAAUCUAUGAACACCAUAAUGGCUGUACUGGUAGUCUUACUAGUUAAGUUGCAGCUGUUGGAAAAAAAUACAGAGAAGGGAAAAAAUAAAUUUUUAAAUAAUGUUAGUUGAGCAUUGAUGAAAUUGACAGUAAAUUAAAUACUAAUACAAUUUUUUUCAUAGUUUUUGCGGCCAUGGGCUGAAGAAAGUGUUAUCAACACAAAUUCAAUAAACAAAAUUUUUGUUAAAAUCACAUAUACAUUUUUAGUAUUAUAAUUUAAAUCACUUAUAUUUAUAUGCUACUUAUUAAAGGUGGGAAAUUGAAAACACCAGAGCAGCAAGAUGAGGAAUCAAUCCAAGCCAAAUUUUUUAGUAAUGAAGAAUUCCAAGCAUCCAUUGGCAUACUGAGGUCAGUUUACUCAUUUGUUUAUAAAUUAAAAUACAUUUUAUUCAUUUGUUUUAGAAAAUGUUGAAAUGCAGACUCAAAUUUCUCAUAUUAGUUUCUAAAUCUUAUAGACCCAUGUAUAACUUUUUCCUUCAAAUUUUUUUCCAGACAUGGCGAUAUCCUGAAAGUUGUAGAAUUGGCCAAGAAGUACUGGGACUCUGAGAUUACACACCGUAUACCAUGUACCCUGCCUGUGAUAUGCCCACACAAACUUUUGAUAAAUAGAGUUGUUGUUAUUGAUCGAGCUAAUACCAAGUAAGUACCGGUAACUUAUAUUGUUUUUUCUGCUACCCGGUACCUGAAAACUAUUACAGAAAUUGUAAUUAAAAUGGUUUGUAAUAAUUUACAGAUACUAAUUAUGAUAGAUUAUUAUGUUUACCCUACCUGAAAAAGAGUCAAAUUGUUUUAUCUGUAUAAAAUGCAAAGAAAAUUUAAUAUGGAGAGAAACAAAUCUAAAUAUCUUCGAAGUAUUUUAUUAGCAUUGGACUGAUGGAACAACUGAAUUUAAAACAUUUUAAUAUUUUGACUUAACAUUUUCAGAAGUGGACUUUAAAGGUUUCAGUUAGCAUCCUUAUAAAUCAUGUACCGGUAAUUUAUUUGAACACAUAAUGCUUGAAACUUUUUGAACUUUCAGUACAAUUGCCAUGAAUAUUUUAGCAAACAAAAAAAGUGGCCUUCACAUUCCUACAGCUCUUAUCAACCAUAGCAAAGGCUCUUCAAUAGCAAUAUCAGUCUAUGCUAUAUUAAGAGUGAGUUCACCUUUUAAAAUUAUUUUUGUUAUAAUAAAAUAUCAAAUGAUUGAAUGAAAAAUGAUAGAUACCAAAAGUUCAGAAGUUAUUGUGAUUUCUUAAUUAUCUGUAGCAUACCAGGUACUAUGCAAGAGAAAAUUAAAUCAAUUGAAGUUGAAGAAAUGGUAUUUAAUUACUCAGUAAUUUACUGUUACUAUAAAAUUGUAGAAAGAAUGCUCUCGUAGCAGUAUGAUAUUCAUAUUAAAUUUCAUCAUCCAUAGGAAGCCUUCACAACAAACCCAAGUUCGGCAAGCAUCCGAAUGUGCGGGAUUCUGGGAGUGGAGCACAGGGGUACCGGUACUGGCAAAUCAGAAGAUGGCAUCUGUAUCACGACACUUGUCAGCCUUGACCUCUCUGACCAAGUCUCACCACCUACAGUGACCUCUGAAAACUACAAGUGGUGUCCAGUUGAUGUCAAGGAUGUACAGGUUCAUUUAGCUAAUUGUGCCAAAGGAAAAAUUAUACCUUUACUUUGAUUAAAUGCACAGCUGUCAUUUUAUGUAUACUAUUAUCAGUUUUGCCAUUCACGUGCUUCUACAUUUCUUUUACUUUGACAUUCCCACAGACACCAUAAUCAUAGGUAUACAAGUACAGGGUACUUGGAAGUCCUCUGAACUCAACUUAUCUUCGUUUACCCCUGAAAAUGUUGACCUAAAAGCUACCUUGAGUCUAUUGAGUUCAAUGCAAAAUACUUAAAUUAAUAAAGUGAAAAAGAAAGUGAUUAUUACAAUACGGAAAAGUAAAUAUUUUUGGUACCAUAUUUUCUUUCUGAUUCUGUGACAUGUUUUACAACUGCUUGUUAAGUAAAUGCAACCUUAAGAAAACAAUUUUGCAGAUAAAGAAAUAAUCAGUGUAAUUGAUUUUCUUUUUUUUCGUGCUUAUUUAUUGCGUAACCAUUAAGCACAAUAAAUUCUACCGAGAGGAAAUAGAAGUGCUGCUUUAAUGAUGCUAACCAUCAUUUACAGAUUCUAAUUCAUAACUCAUCCAAAUUUUGAAUACUCUAAAUUGUAAAUGUGUGAAAAUUUAAUUGUUCUGAUUUUUUUUAAAUAAAACUUUUUAUUUUAGGUCAUUAGAAUGUUCUUUAUGGAAAGACCUGCAUGUCAAAAUAUCAAAAACUAUCUCACAAAUUGUAAAUUAUUUUUCUAAUAAAUUCAGUCAACUUACUUCUGUAAAAUUAAUUCAUUUUCACUCAUGUGCCACAUAUUAUUGUUUACACCACAGCUUUUUUUUCAUUUCAUUCCAGUAACAUUUUUAUUACAAACCAAAAUCUGUCUCUUGUUUAUUCAGCUAUAUGGAUCUUAUCACUGAAUCAAUAUGAAUAAGAGUUUCUCUUUUUCUUUGUAUAAAAAGAAUUUUUUUUUAAUUUUAAAGUUAUUGCAAGCCUAAUAUUUACUUUUUUCAACGCUCAAAACAAUGAACAUGGAAAUUGAAACAUUUUUUUCUUUGAUGCUUUUUAAUUAGGAAAAAAAUGACUAAGUGCGCUAGAAUUGUUUCAUAAAAAUAAAAUUAAUAACAGAUUGUGACAUUGCUAAAAAUUUUGUUUACCGUAUCUGAUCAAAUGUAUUUUAACUUUUCCAUUAGGUAACUGCAGUAUUUAUAUAAAUUUAAUGUUCGUUUGGGGCACGCAAAAAUUAAUUAAACCCAAGCUUACGCUGUAAAUACCUUUUUGUAUAGAAUUUUUGCUGACAUUGGCCAUCUUUUUUUUUCUUUACACAUACAACUUUCCUCUAGAUCAUGGGUCUCCAAACUUUUUAGCCUGAGGUCUGCAUUAACUAUCAAACUGCAGUUUGGGGGCGUACUACACACUCGAGGUCCAAAUAAAAAAGAAUGAAAACAUGGAUGUUGUUUUUAAUUAUUUAUUUAAUACCCGGUAUUAGUAUUAUUUUAUUCAGUUAUUAUGUAAUAACACAUUGAUAUACAUGAACACCUAUAUUAUGGGAAUGGUGAAAUUGUUUCCUGGAUGCUAAAAUAGCAGACAUUUCUGGAUUUAGAUUUGAUGUCCCUAACAUCAACAGUGACCUGAGAUUAUCAUUGGACAAGUUUUUCUUCAACUACCGGUAUUUCAUUCUUGAAAAUAUUUGUUCCCACAGGUAUGUUGUUCCAAAGAUUGAAAGGUACCUUGAUGUACAAGUUUUGACAUUAGGAAAAUCUUCCUUGGGCAAAUACUGGUAAAAACACACCAGUCCUUCUUUGAACUUGUCCUUAAGAAGGUCAUUUGCUUGCAACUCAAUGACCUCCAGCUGCAGUUCAUCUGGGCAUCUGGCCCCAUCUGCUUCAAAUGGUUUUUAAAACAGUCUCAUUUCUUCUGCCUUUGAAUCCAAGUCAGAAAACCGCUACUGCAGCUGGAGGUCUUUGAUGAUCUCACCUGCAAAUGACGUACAUUUCCGUAAUUUUCUCCAUAGACAAAAAGGUCUCCAGGGG